GAGUUGGAAACAUCUUAUUUCUUAAUAUUGAUUGUUGAACAUUGUGCUGAAUCAAUGAAUUAACAUAGAUUUGUUUCUCUUUUGUGCUAACCGUUUCAAAUCUUGUUAAUAACAAAUUAGACUUACUUUUAAUCCAUUAACUACCAGUUACUGUAGCAGCUAAUUGUGAAAAGUGUUUACAACAGUAAAUACCGAAAAUGUUAAAUAUUUUUAAAUUGGCAGUGUUAAUGCUUCUUGUGAAGUGUGUAACCAACGAUGAAAUGCUUCGACCCAAUCUGGAUCGUUACCUAAUUGCUGAAAAUUGUAUCAAUCAUCUGCAAAAUCAAAUCAACAGGGAAUUACAUGCAAGUUUGGUUUAUCUUAAUAUGGGGUCCUAUUUUGGUCAAAAUUUAGUCGCAAGAAAAGGUUUUUCCAAAUUUUUCCAUGACGCAUCAAAGGAAGAAGGUGAUCAUGCACGAAAAUUAAUAGAUUACAUGAGUCGAAGAGGAGCCAAAGUAUCAACUUUCGAUGUUGAGAUGCCAACCAAAGAUACAUGGCCUGAUGGUAAAACGGCUCUUGAAGAUGCUUUAAGUCUUGAGACCAAAAUCAACAAUGAAAUUCACAAGAUUCACUACAAAGCUGAACACGAGUGCAAAGAUCCUCAUCUUAUGGAUUUCCUUGAAACUGAAUUUAUGGAGGAACAAAUUGAUUCAAUCAAUCAACUUAAACGUCUUGUCUCCAUAAUUUCCAAAAUGGAUUCAGGAAUGGGUGAAUAUCUAUUGGAUCGUCAACUUUUAUCAGGUUCAGUUGGUAAAGACGAGCUUUGAACUCUUCAAUAAAAGUAAAAGCGAAAUCAUUACUGUAAAUUAGCAAGAGUAAAAUUUUAGAUUCUUGAUGAUUCUAUUAUAAUGUUAAUUGAUACUUGGUAAUGCACUGAGAUUAAUCCACUUUGCUUCAAUAAAAAUCAUUUACAAAAUGAGA